AUGGAUGUGUACAAUGCAUUUUUGCAAGGUGACUUAGUUGAAGAAGUCAAUAUUGAACUUCCUGAUGGUUUUUACAGCCAGGGCAAUGAAGUAAUGAUAAUGGAACUUAAGUAUAUUUUGAAUGGGAGCUUCAAAAUGAAGGAUCUUGGAGAGUUGAAAUACUUUCUAGGAUUGGAGGUUCUAAGGUCAAAAGAAGGGAUUGUGUUGAAUCAACGAAAGUAUGCUUUAGAACUGAUUGAAGAAAAUGGAACAGGGGAAGCUAAAACAGCUAUGACUCCUUUAGAGCAAAACAAGAAGCUCACUACAGCUGAAUAUGAUGAAACACUUUGUGGAUAUGAGCAAUUGUUACAAAAUAAGUCUGUUUUUCAGAGGCUUAUAGGUAGACUGAUAUAUCUUACUCACACAAGGCCAAAUAUUGCUUAUGCAAUACAUUUUCUAAGUCAGUUUAUGCAUAAACGAAAGCAAUCCCAUCUUGAGAUUGCAUUAAGAGUGGUAAAAUACAUUAAGAAAAAUCUAGUUCAGGGGAUUUUAUUAAGUGCAACAAGUGAAUGCAAGUUGUUUACUUAUUUUGAUUCUGACUGGGAUGUUUGUCCAAUGACUAGAAGAUCUGUAACAGGUUUUUGCAGUAAACUUGGAAUGUCUCUGAUCUCUUGGAAGUCUAAAAAACAAAACACUGUUGCACGCUCCUCUGCUGAAGCAGAAUAUAGAAGCAUGACAGGAACAACUACUGAACUAGUACUGUUGAAAGGUUUUCUGACUUAG